CUCUAUCGGUAUCCCCACCUACCACAAAGCUCCUUGUGUCCUAAUCUUUCUAACGCUCAGUAUUCUCCAAUCCUCUCUGCUUCUUGCUCAUCUCUGCCAUGAAUCAGUGCAAUCAUCUGUGUAUUCUUCUUUAUCUUCGCUCUCAUCCAUUUGAUUGAAUGAUAAGUCUACAUUGAUUUUGCAAGUGGUUUAGUCUUUAUAGACAAUUACAAAGAAUUGGCAAUGGGUAUACUCUUCGUGAUGCAGAAGUGGUCUCGCCGGGUUUCUACUAUGCUACCUUGGUUAGUUAUUCCUCUUGUAGGAUUGUGGGCUCUUCCACCGCUUCUGGCACCUGCUAUUCGAUUUGAGAUCACCUCACCUAUGAUCGCUUGGGUUUUUGUGCCUUUGGUAACUCUGUCUGCUUGGCGUGUGCGGAUGAAUGUGCAGUCAAGAUUUGGUAGAAAAUGGCAAUUGGGUUGGUGGGUCUAUUGCAGGGAAAUCGGUGGAAGAACGGGAAUAGGGGGUUUGGUCUAUAUAGACAAUUACAAAGAAUUGGCAAUGUGUAUACUCCCUGUGAUCCAGAUGUGGUCUCGCCGGGUUGCUACUAUGCUGCCUUGGUUAGUUAUUCCUCUUAUAGGAUUGUGGGCUGUUUCACCGCUUCUGGCACCUGCUAUUCGAUUUGAGAUCACCUCACCUAUGCUCGCUUGGGUUUUUGUGCUUUUGGUAACUCUGUUUGCUUGGCGUGUGCGGAUGAAUGUGCAGUCAAGAUUUGGUAGAAAAUGGCAAUUGGCUUGGUGGGUCUAUUGCAGGGAAAUCAGUGGAAGAAUAGGAGUGGGUAUUUCAGAGGCGAUGAGAAUUAUUUUGCUGAGAAAUCUUAUUCAGGUUAGUCAGCCCAAAGUCCAAGAUACAUACCUUAUAGCAAAGUCAUCAUUUAUGCUUAGGACGAUGAGAAUGAAGAUGGUGAUGAGGGAACUGGCGCAGCCUCUGCAUUUCAUGUACUCGGUGGAAUUUUGGAGGAUGGCCGUGUUUUGGACAAUCUCUCUCCUUGCCUCAUAUUUGCAAUUGUUUUGCCAAAGGGCAUUUAGGCAGAGUUCUGAUGCCUAUCCCCAUUGCCGUCCUCCAAGAAAUGGGCCCAGCAGACCCCUUUGCAUCAUUACUGGUGCUACAUCUGGUCUAGGUGCGGCUGCUGCAUAUGCUCUUUCAAAAGAAGGUUUUUUUAUUGUUCUUGUUGGACGGUCAUCUAAAUUGUUACGUGAGACUGUGGAGAGGAUAAAAAAACAGAAUGAGGAUGCCCAGCUCAAAGUUUUUGAGGUUGACAUAUCAUCUUUCCAGUCAAUCUUAAAGUUCAAAAGCUCACUGGAGAAGUGGCUCUUGGAUUCCUUUAUGCAUUCUUCCAUCCAACUCCUGAUAAACAAUGCUGGGAUAUUGGCAACAUCACAUCGUCUCACUGUUGAAGGCUAUGAUCAGAUGAUGGCUGCAAAUUACAUCGGUGCAUUCUCUCUGACCAAAUUUCUAUUGCCACUUCUGAGAAACAGCCCUGUUGGUUCACGGAUAGUGAAUGUUACAUCCUUUACACAUCGAAGUGUAUUUUCCAUGCAGGUUGACAAGGAAACUGUUGCUGGGAAGUGCUUCUCUAAAUCGAAACUAUAUCCAUAUGCUCAUAUCUAUGAGCAUUCCAAAUUAUGCAUACUGCUGUUCUCAUACCAGCUUCAUCGGCAACUGCUCUUGAUGGAUAAAUCUUGUCGAGUCUCUGUCAAUGCUGCAGAUCCUGGGGCAGUGCAAACCAAUAUCAUGAGAGAAAUUCCUUCUUGUCUUUCACAUGUGACAUUUGUACUAUUGAAACUUCUCGGCCUUUUGCAGUCACCUAAUAAUGGGGUUAGCUCUAUUCUUGAUGCUGCCCUUGCACCACCGGAAACAUCUGGGGUAUACUUUUUUGGUGGAAAGGGCAGGACUCUGAACUCUUCUGCACUUUCACAUGAUAUCAGGCUUGCGGAGAAACUUUGGACCACAUCAUGCAAUCUCUUUGAAGAGAUGAAACUUGCUUCCGAGGACAAAGAGGACAGUUUUCAUGAACGACUGGAAGAAGAUAGAGUUUCCUUGCACGAUGAGUAGGUAGAUGCAUGCUUGCAGCAGUUAGGAGCUCAUGGGCCAAUAAACUGUUUGGUGAGAUGAGUUACUGUUCUGUAGUGGUUUCAUGAAUGAAUAUUUUCAUCUUCUGUGUGGAGAAGCGAUAGCUGGAGCUGCAGCAUAUCAUAGUAGAAGGUCCUUAACUUAUGAAUCAAGCUUCUCUAGUCCAAAUCAAAGAGCCAAGUUAUGUUGGGAAUGUCAAGAUUUGCAUGCCGAGUUUGAAGUUGUUAAUUGAUGAUAGUUGCUUGUUA